GACCUCAAGGCGGAGAAGUGCACAGCCUUCUUGGCAAUCGUGCACUCGCGUUUCUCCACGAAUUCCUUCCCAUCUUGGAACCGUGCCCACCCUUUCCGCCGCAUUGCCCACAACGGCGAGAUCAACACUCUAGCAGGCAAUCGCAACUCCAUCCGCACCCGGGAGGCAUUGAUGAACGACACCAAAGCCUUUGGUGGUGCGCAGCUGGAUGCUUUCUUCCCCGUGGACGAAGAUAUCGGCAGCGACUCGGCGUUGCUGGAUAAUGUCGUGGAGCUCCUUCUAGCCGCAGGCACCCGUGAGCUCGCGGAGGUCAUUAUGAUGGUGAUCCCGGAAGCUUGGCAGAACGCCGAUCGCAUGGAGCCGGAGAAGAAAGCUUUCUACAAGUACCUGUCCUGCGUCAUGGAGCCUUGGGAUGGCCCGGCCUUGGUUUGCUUCACCGAUGGUAUCCAGUUUGGCGCCACGCUGGAUCGAAACGGCCUCCGUCCAGGCCGCUUCUACAUCACCAAGGACAAGCGGCUGAUUCUCGCCUCCGAGGUAGGAGUUGUGGAUGUCCCACAGGAGGAGGUGCAGUUCAAAGGACGUCUUCGGCCAGGCCGCAUGCUCUUGGUGGACUUCAGCGAGGGGAAGCUCAUCGAGGACAACGAGCUGAAGAUGCGCUACGCGAAGAAGCAGCCCUACGCUGACUUUCUGAAGACUCACAGCAUCGAGAUCAAGGACCGACUGGGUCCGGAGCCCAAGACGGAUGCGGCGCUCAUCGAGGAGCUGCUCGAUGAGGAGCCCGGCAGCUUUGAUGCCUCGGAUACGACCUUGGUGAACAAAAGGGUGCUGCCUUUGCUGACCUACACCGGCUACACCUACGAGAAGGUGGAGAUGCUCCUGGCUCCCAUGGUGAAGACCGGCGCCGAGCCUUUGGGCUCCAUGGGCUCCGAUGUGGCACUGGCCUGUAUGUCCCGGAUGCCUCGCCAGCCUUUCGACUACUUCUUCCAGCUCUUUGCGCAGGCCACGAAUCCCCCGAUUGAUCCGAUCCGUGAGGCCAACGUGAUGUCCUUGACGUGCCCAGUGGGCCCGGAGAGGGGGCUCCUACAACCCUCCCCGGAG